AGCAAGGCGGAUAUCGCGCGGGCCUACCGCCAGCUGGCCCGGCGCUACCACCCCGACCGCUACCGGCCGGAGCCCGGCGACGAGGACCCGGGGCGGACGCUGCAGAGCGCCGAGGAGGCCUUCCUGCUGGUGGCGACCGCCUACGAGACGCUCAAGGAUGAAGAAACACGGAAGGAUUAUGACUACAUGCUGGAUCACCCAGAAGAGUACUACAGCCAUUACUAUCAGUACUACAGCAGGCGUCUGGCCCCCCCAGUGGAUGUCAGAGUGGUGAUUCUGGUCAGCGUGUGUGCUAUCUCACUGUUCCAGUUUUUCAGUUGGUGGAAUAGCUAUGAUAAGGCAAUCAACUACCUAGCCACAGUGCCCAAGUAUCGAAUCCAAGCCACGGAGAUUGCCAAGCAGCAGGGAUUGCUCAAAAAAGCCAAAGAGAAGGGCAGAAACAAAAAGUCCAAAGAAGAAAUCCGUGAUGAAGAGGAGAACAUCAUAAAGAACAUUAUAAAAAGUAAAAUAGAUAUAAAGGGGGGCUAUCAGAAACCCCAGAUACGUGACCUUCUCCUAUUUCAAAUUCUCUUAGCCCCCUUUCACCUGUGCUCAUAUAUACUGUGGUACUGCCAGUGGAUCUAUAAUUUUAACAUCAAAGGCAAAGAAUAUGGGGAAGAGGAAAGGCUGUAUAUCAUACGUAAGUUUAUGAAGAUGUCAAAGUCUCAGUUUGAUAGUCUAGAAGAUCAUCAGAAAGAAACUUUUCUUAAACGGGAGCUCUGGAUAAAGGAGAAUUAUGAGGUCUAUAAACAAGAACAAGAAGAAGAACUAAAGAAAAAGUUAGCAAAUGAUCCUAGAUGGAAGAGAUACAGGCGAUGGAUGAAGAAUGAGGGGCCGGGCCGGUUGACAUUUGUGGAUGACUGAAGAGUGCUGAAAUGCUACUAUGCCAAACUUUAAUUGUAAUAUUAUUUUCAUAACUAAAUUAUUUUAGAAAUUUAUGAACUGCUCCUCAGCAGUAACUAAAAUUCCCGAAGUAUUUGAUUAAACAGAAUGAUGUAGAAUUGUAAAUGUUCCCUAAAUCUUUAUACAUAAAACAUUUAUGAUUGUUCAAUUUUUAUAAUCUGUUUGUGGAUUUUGUUAAAAAUUUGACAUGAAGACUUAUUAGUUGCCACUUAAGAAUUUUAUAUGUUUGUCAUGAAAAUUUAUUAGCUACCAUUUGACAUUUUUGUGUUAAGUGUUUAUUCUUCAAGUGUCUCCUUAGUCUUUGUUGUAGUGCUACAUCUUUCUGCUUUUGUGUCCUCUUGUAUUCUUACAAAACAUAAAAAUUCAACAGCAUAUAAUUACAUUUUGUGAGUGUCUUUCCAGACACAAACUUCUUUACCAAAACGAUUCAGCUAUCAUAUCUUCAUUACAGUCAUUCUAGGAUUGAAUUAUGUUCAAAUAUCUCUCUAGGAGAGUCUUCUGCUACAACCUGUUUAUACUCCCCCCCACCCCGUCAUAAUAUUCCUAAUAAGAUCAGAAACUCUCCAGGAGAGUGAAUCUACCUUUGUGUCCUUGUAGGAUGAACUUGAUUACAGUCAUUAUAGGACUAUAAUUGUAUUCGCAGAUAUCUCCAGGUGAGACCUUGUGAAAGGGUCUUCCAUAGUACCAUAGUAUUGCUUCCCCCUCUCCAGUUAAAACAAAAUAGUGUUCUGAAAAGUUGUUCGUAUAUUAUGAAGUCCUUGAGCAGUGAAAAAUCCAUUGUACAUGGUGCAUUUAUCUGCAUUUGAACCAGAAAGAAAAAGUGCAUGACUGUGUACUAUUCUUUUCAACAAUGAAGUAUAAAUGUUUUAAACAUGUGGAAAUGAAAGUAAUUCACACAUAAUUUGACUGAAGCAAGUGUGAUACUAUACCAAAGUAUCAAGACAUAUUCAUGGUAGUGAAUCAGUACUCCUGGUUACAGGAUUUGUCCUAUUGCUUCAUUUUAAUAAAGUGAUUGCCGUAUGUCAUAAGUU